AUGGCCAGUAAAGAAUCUAAAAGUCUAGGACAAUCAUUAAUAAAAUCAACGAAUAAAAUAGAUAAUCAUUUGAUUCCAAAUGUACGGAAAUUUCGCAUACCUAAAAUAGCAAGGCCAACUAAUGAUUUUCAAUUGCCAGAUCAAAAUAAAUUAGCUGAAAAUCACAAUAAGAUGGAAACAGAUGAGAUUGUUUCUGUAAAAGUAUCAAAUGUCACAGCGAAUUCUUUGAUAACCAAUCAACUAAAGGAUAGAUUUAAUUUUCAACAACGCAAAAGAAAAUUUUCCGAUACUGAAUACCAAAAAUGUAAACAAUUGAAAUUGAAUAAUAGUAUAGACAGUUCUUCAGCUGAUAUCGACAUGCGAAUAAAUGGGAUGGAAGAUUUUAAGAAUUUCCGACCAGCAUCUGCGGAUAAGGACUCUACAAUCCGAUUGGAGAAUCAAUCGAUAGAUAUACAGAAUAUCAUUUCAGAUAAGAUGAUUAAGAGCAAUCUGAGUGAGCCAGGAGUGAGAAAAUUAAUAAAAAAGAGACUCAUUUGGGCAGAUGAAAAUAAUCAAGUUCUCGAGCAGAUAUCAUUUUUUGAAACGGACAAUGCAGAAUUAGCAGAGAUGCACGGAUCCAGACAUUCAUGCACAACAGAUUUAUCUAUAGUACAAACUAAAAAAUUAUUCGAACAUGAUCUUCACCAGAGACAAAGUUUACCUCCAUUACCAACUUUAAUACGUAUAUUACUACCUGAUACAAUAAGAAUACCAGCGGCCAGAUCACAGGAAUCUCUUCUACAAGAAAAAUGUGAAAAAAAUGCUUUGUCGGCACUUUCGAUACCUGCAUUUUUACUUGAUAGGCCAAGCGAACCAAAUGGUGAUCUUCUUGGAUAUAGUACUAUGGAACGCAAAGAACCAAAAUUAAUACCGCUUGAUAAUGAUGCUUCAUUGUUUGUACCCAACGAACUACCAUCUGUAAAAUAUGAUAAUGAUGAUUCAUUUUCAACAAAUUUAUCUCUAGCUUCAACUACCACAACAUUCCCAAUUCCAUCCAUCCAUUCAUCAUUAUCGUGCGAUAAUAUAUCACCUGAAGUUGGUCGAAUUCUUGCUCGCGCAAAAGAAAAUUUACCGUCUGCACCUUCAAAUAGUUCUUUAUCAAUACUACAGAACGAACCUAAAACAGCGAAUAUCCUACCGACAGAUACAAUAGCUAAUCUUGCGUUGAAUUUCGAUUUAGCGAUGGCUACAAGUUGGUAUUUUAAUCAGUUAUUAAUUAAUUUUCAUGCUUUUGGUGAAAAACCAACAGCUUUUAAUAAUACAAACUUUCAACCAUCAUUACCUACAUACACACAUUACCAUCAACAUCCAUGA